UGACUCGUCUGAAGACUUCAAACACUGCAAAGAUCAACGCUGGUUGAUUGCCCGGAACACAGGUUCUAAGAAUGUGGAGCUGGUUGUACUGUUUACUUGCAGCUGCCUCAUUCUUCAUGACGUCCUCAAUGGCACAACAGAAUUCUUCAGAAAUCCCUAAGUUUGAAUCAGAAACUGAUAAACAGAUACUAGACGUCAUUCUAGAUCGUAAAAGAUAUGAUUCUCGCGUGAGACCAAGUAAUAAAACGUUAGUUAACGUUACCGUCCUGAUAUUAUCUCUUUCAUCGCCAGAUGAGUCUAGUCUAAAGUACGAAGUGGAGUUCCUGCUGCACCAGGCCUGGGAAGAUCCUCGUCUGAGGUACGAAGACAACGGCCGGUACAGGUACCUGAACGGUAUCUCCCACUUCCAGUCCCUUUGGACGCCAGACAUCUACUUCAUCAAGCAUGGAGAGUUCAAGGCCCCCCUCGCACAAGUGCAUAUGGCCCUUAAAAUCUUCAACAACGGCUCCGUCCGAUACAUAACCAGGAGAAGCAUGAUUUUAAAUUGUCAAGGGAAUCUCCAGAUUUUUCCUUUCGAUAAUCCUAAGUGCCCUUUUGCUAUUGAGAGCGUUUCUCACGAAAUAUCCGAGAUGGAGCUGAUGUGGGAACCGGGGGUGAUGCCAAUUAGUGGAGCUACUUCUCUGCGAUACCACAAUGCCUACCUGGUCAAGAACGUCACAGACGAAUGCAAUUCUCACCACACGUGGAGAGGAAGCUACAGUUGCCUUUUUGUCCUCCUCGUCUUCACGCGAGACAAAAUAUUUUAUUUCAGCACAGUCUUCGGCCCUGGUGUCGUCCUAGUGACAAGUUCCUUCAUCAGCUUCUGGCUGGAUAUCAACGCCGUGCCCGCCAGAGUCAUGAUCGGAGUGACCACGAUGUUGAACUUUUGCACGACGACCAACAGCUUCCGUUCCACCCUGCCCGUGGUCUCCAACCUGACGGCCAUGAACCUGUGGGAUGGCGUCUGCAUGUUCUUUAUCUACGCUUCGAUGCUGGAGUUCAUCAUCGUCAACUACCUGUACAGGAGGUACCCGCACAGGACCCCUUCCUCUGCGGCCGGAAUCACGGGAGAAGGGCUGAGGGCGCAGUCUUCGAGUUUGGGACGAUGGUGUGCGAAUUACGAAACAGGAGGGUUAAAAGACAACAACAGCAACGACCCAGGAAUAACAAGAGAUCACGUGUCUGCAUCCCGCGAAGUCAUGCAAGGUUUGGACAUUGAAGACAGGCGAACACCCAUUCUCUCACUUUUCGGGUGGUUGAAGAGGCCGCAACCUAUAAUCCCUGCCAAUUACAACCGACAGAGAUUGUCUAAAAAUAUUGACAAAGUUUCCAAAAUCCUCUUUCCUUUGUCCUUCGGUACCUUUGUCUCAGCUUACUUCUUGACGUACGCGGUCAUCAAGCCGACGCAUUCUGAAAAUUGGGAGCUUCUAAGUAACGGGUAUACGAACUAAUGUUUUGAUUCAGAUGUCAAGAAAAAAAAAAAAUUCUGCUGGCACAUUUGACCCUAUACUGCGUUUACGGGAAAGAUAGACUAGAUGUAAACAAAAGAAAAAAAAACGCCAUUUGGCUUCGUCAAUCAUCUGUUUGGCGUAGACUAACAUAACGAAUCGGUGCCAAGCGGAUGGCGAAUAUUAGUUUACUUUCUUUUUUUUUUCAUGCCAGAGAAAAUCCCCAAAAGAGACAAACCUUCUGGCAACCCAUUUUUUUUAAACUUUCAGUCUAU